CCCGCCCCCUUCCCCCCGCAGCGGGAGAUUGAAGCGCUGAGGCUGAUGAGAAACUGCCAUCCAUCUCCAGAUGGAAGAACCGGUGCUUGAAAAAAUGACAUCUUUGUGCCAUACUCCAACAGAUUCUAUGAGAGCAGCUCCACAGGGGACUAGUUCAGGAAAACAGCCAAUGAGCGCAGCUCUGAGGGAGCGAUUAAGGAAAACAAGACGUUCGUUUAAUGCUAAUUUUACAGUGGCAAAGCGGCUCAAAAUAGACACUCAAGAAAACGACUGUGCUGAUGCUGACAAAGGGUGCCUGCCAAAGACAAGUACAGAAUGUUCCAGACUACGAGACAGUUCUGAAAACCUGGAAAGAAACAGCACUGAACAUAUAUGUAUCAAAAGUCCCUUACAGGAGAGUGGUCUCUCUGGAUCAGCACAGAAUCCUGAGGUGCUACAGGCUGAUCUUAGUCAGCAACAGGCCCUGGCAGAAAAAGUAAGGCUGUUGAAACAAGUGCAAGAGAAGGAAGAACUACUUCGAAGGCUCAAAAUGGUUAAGAUGUAUCGAUCUAAGAAUAACCUGUCUGAACUGCAGGCUUUGAUAGUGAAAUGGAGAAGUAGUACCCAGCUGAUGCUAUAUGAACUACAGUCAGCCUUUUCUGCAGAUGGCAAGAAAGUGAGUCUCACUCAGCUGAUAGAUACUUUUGGAUUAGAAGACCAGUUAUUGCACUACAGCAGGACAGAAGAAGACUUUGUAGAUGCAUAAUCUACAGCUCCAAAGCUUUCAAUUACACACACACACACACAAGCAGGAAAGACUGACUGAACCCUGAUCACAUAAGAAGUGUUGAUCAGAUGGUGGACUUUAUGCUUUGAGGUUAAGAGGUUUUCUACUUGUGAAACUAUAUACAGUAGGCACUGUAAAAGACAUUACUUAACAGAAAAGAUGGAACUCAUGCUGUUUUGGAAAACCUGGUUUGAUAACUUCAUCAGUGAAUGGUUAUUUAAUAAAAAUAAAAUGAAAUCAAGUCAUACUUUAACAAGUAGAAGGCAGUCCAUUCUUUGAUUAGUCUUUGCAUGGUUAUUUGUCUUGAAAUAAUGAAGUCAAUUUAACUGUCAUUUCUGUUGAUGUUCAGAUGGGGAAGAGUUCAGUUCUUUGUUCAUAGAUACAUCCCCGUUUUACAAAUGCCUUCCUGCUGACAGCGUUUUGUGAGAUAAGUAAAGAUAACUAAUUUUCAUGUUGUUAAUAUUUUGAAGCUGCAAUGAGAUGUUCUCAAUGACUUUAAUUAUUACUGAGGGAAAUGUGCCAUAAUGCACUUAUUUUAAGAUACUGGUCCAGAUAGUUGUCUUCGGGGGAAAGCUGUCUCUUAAGCAUUCUGACACAGCCUGAGAUAAUAGAAGGGAACAGAAGAAAAUAGCAACCACUAUCUGUUACUACUUCAUGUGAGAGCCAAGGUGUUUUCUCUCUUCAAAUAAAGAAAAACAAGGCCUUAUCUAAUGGUAUUGCUUCAAGUACAGUAUCAUGAAGCUGAAUAAAACUUCAGCAUUUAAUUUAUUCUCUGAUAAAUGUUGUCAUCUUUAAGUUAUUUUUUUUUUAAUCUUAACUUGAAAUUGCUUAUUUUCUCAUGAUAGCCUAUGCAUAUAGUGUGGUGACUUCUGUCUGCUUUUUAUUCUCCUUAAAAUCAUCCUUUGUCAAGUGUAGCAAUACAUAAAGUUCUGCCAUUCAGCUAGUUCUCAAUCCACCUCACUGUCUACUCCUCUAACCUAAGCUUACCUAUGAAGAUGUUACAGGAGACAGUGUCAAAAGCCUUGUUGAAGUCCAGAUAGACACAUCCACUGCUCUCCCCUUAUCUACGCAGCCAGCCACACCAUCAUAGAAGGCUAUCAGAUUGGUCAGGCAUGAUUUCCCCUUGGUGAAUCCAUGUUGACCACUUCCACUAACCUGCUUUUCUGCUGCAGCUGCUUCUGGCUGUGGGUAAUUAAGCUAUCAAUCAGAAGCAGCAACAGCUUUUGGGACUGGGCCUGGUAGCACACAUGGGCAUGCCAAAGCAUGUAUCCCCUCUCUUCUCAGCAACAUGCCAUCACAGGUGUCAAUAUAUUUAAAAGUGAAGUGAAAGCCACAGACGUGAAUUUUAGCCAGUGCAAUUUCAUGGAUUUCUUGCAGUACUUCACUUUCAAAAUGUUGCAAUUGCAUAUUGCAGACUAAGGAUAUGCAAAUACACCUCCUAUCAGUCUUCAGUUUCUUGUACCCUUUGUUUUCUGUAAUGAGCUAUAUGGUUUAUAUAAUCAAAACAGCAGAAAUACAUCUCAUGAACUGCAAUAUAAUGGGGCUAAGACUGAGUAUAAAAUGUACAAAGCAGACAAACACACAUCUUUUAAACUGAAGUUAGGUUUAAGGAAAUUAUAGAAGAAGUCAUUUGUGGAAAGAAAAAUUCAGGGAGAAAAGGUAGAUGUCCAAAUUCUUUUUUCUUAGACAAGACCAUGGGAUUUUACA